AUAAGCACAGUUCUACCGAUGACGAAGAAGAAAUUGCUUCGACGUAAGAAGAAGUUGACUUGCUAAUAGCUACAGAACGGAGACAAAUUUGCUCUCUGAGUAAAGUCACAGCAAUGGCCACCAGCCCAUUGCUCCAGGAAUGCAUCGAAACAGCUGAGGACCUGCUGAAGCGAGUUGAUCUACUGUGCAGCCGCCAGGACCAGGAAGUAGAGGGACGCGCCAAACUGUGCAGCAAACUCCGCGCAGAGCUCAAAUUCUUGCAGAAGGUGAAAGCCGGGCAUGUGGCCAUUAAAGAGUCUCACCUGCAGAGCACCAACCUGACUCACCUGAAAGCCGUCGUCGAGUCAGCUGAGAGCCUAGAGAAUGUCAUCAGCGUUUUGCACGUGUUUGCGUAUGAAGGUCUAGAUGGGCGGAAGCAGACACUGGUUGUGGAUGUGGUGGCGAACCAAGGUCACACGUGGAUAAAGGCCAUCGGGCGCAAAGCGGAGGCGUUACACAAUAUAUGGCAGGGCCGAGGGCAGUACGGUGACAAAAGCGUGAUCAGGCAAGCGGAAGAUUACCUGGAGGCCAGUCGCCAACAGCUCAUUCAGUACAGCAACCCGCACAUCAUCUUUGCCUUCUAUAAUGGCGUCUCUAGUCCGAUGGCUGACAGACUCAAAGAGAUGGGCAUCUCUGUUAAAGGUGACAUUGUCGCUGUGAACACGGUGGUUGAAUCAUAUGAGGACGAUGAUGAGGAUGAAGAGGACAGCGACUUCACCCAGGACGAGCAGGACGUUGAGGACAACAAUGAAGAGGAUGAUGAAGAAUUGCAACUCAUGCAUACCCGUGUGGACCGAGACACUAUUGUAGCAAGCCUGGCGUUCCCCACUGAUGUCAAGGUAGCCGAGUGUCCACGAGUAAACCUCGACAUCACCACGCUCAUCACAUAUGUGUCUUCUCUGAGUCACGGGAACUGCCACUUCACCUUCAGGGAGUAUGUACUGACCGAGCAGGCCGCUCAGGAGCGUCAGGAGAAGGUGCUUCCCAAGCUCGACGCCUUCAUGGAGGGGAAGGAGCUUUUCGCAUGCCAGUCGGCUGUGCAGGACUUUCGUACCAUCCUCGACACACUCGGUGGCCCUGGCGAAAGAGAACGAGCCGAGAAGCUCCUCACCAGAGUCACUGUAGUCCCCGAUCAGCCUUCGGAGCGCACGCAGCGUCUGGUAAUUAGCUCCAAGGUCAACCAUAGGUCACUUAUGAUCUUUGGGACUGGUGAUGCUCUCCGUGCUGUCACUAUGACCGCAAACAGUGGGUUUGUGCGUGCUGCUGCUAACCAAGGCAUGCGCUACAGCGUGUUUAUCCAUCAACCUCGAGCACUGACAGAGGGCAAAGAAUGGAGAGCCACUCCCAUAUGAUGGACCUGAAAGUGCAGAGCGAAAUCCUAACAUGAAAUCUGUGGAGCUACAAUAGCACUUUAAACAAUGCCUGAUUUAUUCCAAACACUUUCAAGAGGCAUUUUCAGUUUUCAUUCAGCUGUGCACAAGUUACACAGCUGGGCUGCUAAUACAGACAGCAUCUGUGCUGCAUUUAUUAUUAUUUUUUUAUCUCUUGCAGCAUGAUUUUUUUUCUGAAUUCAGUGCCUCAAUCUCAGCCUGCAAAGCCUGAAACAAACCAAAUGACACUGCUUUGUUGGAAACGUAUCAUCAAACAUAGAACCACAGUUAUUAUACACUCCGUUUCUGACUGAGAAAAAUAAUGAAACGUUAUUUGUUUUGCAAUCUGUAUGUAUAGAUGUGCAUCAUAGAAAUCACACAUUUUUGUUUUGCACUAAAUUCAAAUAAACAGCCAUAAAAAUG